CUAUCACAAACAUAGUUUCCUUCAUUUUCUUUUCAUGUAAACAUGGGAAUAAGCCCACAAUGCUGGCCAAUCAAGAAUAAGACAUUCGUGUUUUUGUGCCGGGGCAUACACGAAAGAAGGUCAAAGAAAAAGACACUUUCAACGUAUUAUACUCUUCCCCAUUACCACAAUCAGGACGAAAACCACAAGUACGCCUUUUUCCAUGUGGAAAACGAUUCUCGAGUUUUCUUCAUUACAAUUGGGAGAAGCCGGCUAAACAAUCUCGAUUGGUUUCUAGUGGAUAAAUGGGGCAAAUUCAUUCGAAAUGGGACAUCAGUCUACGAUUACCACACGGGCUUCGAGUGCGUGUACAAAAGGAUCCAUUUCUUGGAGAGACUGCUUAAAGAAUGCUUGGCUAAGCAAAAUUCCACGCAAAGGAACAGCACGAAUCCCGAGUUGAUGGUUCUACACUUCCCGGAAACGAAGGCACCAACCUACCACAUGGUAUCCAUUGGAGACAAUACGCGGUGCUUGAACUGGGUUAUCUGCCUGCUGGGACUGGUUAUACUUCUCUGCUGCCUGAAAUAAAUCCAUAUGCACAGCAC